UAGACUGCUGGACGGUUCUCAGUUUAAGACACGUCUCUUACUAGAGCCAUCCUAACGGAAAAUAAUGAUGGAACUGUAAAGAGCUAUUAUCUUACAAAUUUUGUAAUUUUGGUAAAGCCCCCCCAAAAAAAUAAGCAUGAAAACAACCGUUAUUAGUUUGUUAGGCCGCUGCUGGGUUAUCUGCUUGCUUAUACAUGCAUCUGAUGCAUUGCAUAAAGGUUCAAGAAGUGUCAAGGGAGGAUCUACCAGCAGUACGCACACUCGGAGAUUCCAAACCCAAAGCGAACCUCAAGUCGUGCGAUCACAUUACUCUGAAUCCCAGGCAUACAGUGAGCCUCAAGUUUCACGUUCUCAUUAUUCAGGUUAUUCAGGAUCUACAUCUAUCUCUAACCGGCAAUGCCAAAGACCAGCAUCUCCCAACUAUGGUCAAGUGUCGUGUAGAAUAACUAACGAUAAAUAUUCAUGCACUGUGAGUUGUAUGCCAGGAUAUACAUAUCCGGAUGGCUCAGACAGCUUGGAAAUUGAGUGCUCAAAAGAGACAGGAGAGUGGCUGCCUUCUGCGAAGUUCGAAGACUGCAUUGGAGGUUCUGGAGGGGGAGGUUACGGUCAGAGCUCCGUUGUGACAGGUUCAGGAUCUGCCAGUUCAGCCUACAGUCAAGGUGGUUACAGUCGCACAUUUAGCCGAACUAAUACAUACGGAGGUGGCUCUUAUGGUGGAGGUUCAUACGGAGGAGGAGGAGGUCAAGGUAAAGGAUGUGAAAUGCCAAAAAAUCCAGCUCAUGGAUAUCAUUCUUGUUCCAUGUCAAAUGGGCAGUGGACAUGUCAAGGAGUGUGUAAUCCGGGUUAUGAAUUUUCGGACGGUACGGGUCAAAUAUCCUUGUCUUGUAACGAAAGAGAUGGAGUAUGGUCUCCAAGAGAAACUUUCGGCAACUGCUCAAAAACUGGUGGCGAAUCAAAUAAUGGGCAGUAUUCUCAAUAUUCACAGUCAUCUCAUCAAAGCGCUUAUAGUGGAGCUGGAGGAGGCAGUGCUGUAAGUUAUUCACAGACAUCUCAUGCAGGCAGUCAUGGAUCAGCAAGUAUUUAUUCACAAUCAAGAGUUGAAAGUAGUGGCGGAGGUGGAAGUAGUGUAAACAUUCAUUCACAUUCAGUAAUUCAAGGUCGUGGACAGGGGCUAUGCGGUAAACCAAGUGGUCCAACUAAUGGAUUUCAUUCGUGUAGUAUGUCGAACGGACAAUGGUCAUGUCAAGGUUCUUGUUAUCCAGGAUAUGAAUUUCCGGAUAGCACCCGACAGACUAUGUUUACUUGCCAUGACAGAGAUGGCAUAUGGUCUCCAAAAAAAGAUUUUGACGAUUGCAUACUUCUGUGUCAUCCCCCAUGUGAAAAUGGAGGUCGGUGUGCCGUUCACAACCAAUGCCAGUGUCCUUCAACUCACAGAGGAAACAGAUGCCAAUAUUCCAUUCAAUUAUGUGAUAUCAAACGCUUAACUACUGAGAAUUUGUACACCGAUUGCCGACAUUUAUCUGAGUAUACAGAGUGUCGUGUCUCGUGUCCAGCUGGCAUGACCUUCAAUCCACCCACUUCACCAUUGUAUAGGUGCACCGUAGAUGGACUCUGGAAUCCACCAACUGCGCCCACAUGCGUUAUGGACUCUUUAUGUGAGCAACCACCAUCUCCGAUGAAUGGAAGAUCUGAAUGUCAAGGAAGCUCAGAAAUUAUGCUUUGUAGAGCAACUUGCGAUCCAGGUUAUGUGUUUGAAGAUGGAUUUGAGGAGCUUAGUAUCCAAUGUGUCAGAAGAACUGGAGUAUGGUCUCCAACUGUGGGAUUCCCCGAUUGUGAUCCAAUAUGCAGUCCAGAAUGUUUGCACGGAGGAAGAUGCAUCGGUCACAAUUCCUGUCUGUGUCCAAAAGAGUACCGUGGAAGCCGAUGCGAAUACCCUUUGUCUAACUGUGAUGGUCAUGAACGAUUUGCUUCUGUUGGAUACAAGUGCAGAAUAACUGACAAAGAAACCGUCUGUAAUGUUAGCUGCUCUAGUACCGGAAUGACUCUCCAACCUCCAGAACCAAUCACAUAUACAUGUAGUCUCGAUGGAACAUGGCAUCCAGAUCUUAAACCUAUUUGUGUAUCAGAUUAUUCCCGUCUAAUUGACGCACGAACUUCUCAGCAUGGAAGUUACGAAGGUUACGGUUAUGAGCAAGGAGGUGGAUGGCAACAAUCUCGAAGCUCUUUAUCCCAGCAAACAUCGGGACAAAGACUGAACCUUGGGGGAUAUGAAGAAUUUGGACAACAACAAAUUGGCCAUGAGUUUGGUGGACAGCAACAAAUGGAGCAUGAGUUUGGUGAAUUUGGUGGGCAACAACAAAUUGGCCAUGAGUUCGAUGAAUUUGGUGGACAACAACAAAUUGACCAUGAGUUCGGUGAAUUUGGUGGACAACAGCAACAACAGCGGUUCAAACAAGAAUUUGGACAGUUUGGUGGGCAACAACAAAUGGGCCACGAAUUUGGAGGGCAACAGCAAAUAGGGCACGAAUUUGGUGGACAGCAACAAAUUGGUCAUGAGUUUGGUGGCCAACAACAAAUGGGACAUGAGUUUGGAGGACAACAACAAAUAGGACAUGAGUUUGGAGGACAGCAACAAGUUGGUCAUGAAUUUGGUGGUCAAGAACAAACUGAUUAUGACUUUGACGAGGAAGAAACCAUUCAAAAAGUGCAUAAGUCUUAUGAAGAGACUCAAUAUCCUCCAAAGAAAGAAGAAACUGAAGAACUUCAAAAAGUAUCUCCUUCGAGACAAAAUCAAGGUCUAGAAGAAUUCAGUGUUGAUUUACCCAAAGGAAUCGAAAGUGGAGUUAAAACUGAAAUUGAAGAUGAUAAAUUUCGUUUGACAGACACAGAUUCUCAAGAAAUUAUAAAAACAAUAGGUGACAAUACCGAGGUUUCUAGUGAUUUAAAUGAAUUUUCAUCAAAGCGCAAAGUAUCCAACUACCGUGGCAUUUGCUCAGCAUGGGGAUUUUACCACUAUCGCACAUUUGAUGGGAGCGUAUACACAUUUCCAUCAUCUUGCUGGUACGUUCUAGCAGCCAAUACUGAAAAUAAUUUUGCUAUCAGUUUAAAAAGUGUGUGCACUCAUCAACAGUGCUAUAGGAUUGUUGCCAUUCAACGUGCGAAUUACAGAUAUUUGAUUUCUUAUACUGAUGGGAUUAUUCGCAAUCAGGAACAAUUAUCGAUUCCAGUACAAGAUGAGAAUCUUGUUGUGGAAUACCUUUCCAGGUAUUUGGUUAUUAAAACACAAUUUGGAUACACUAUCUGGAUCAACGACGAGAAUAGUGUACUGAUUUCGGCAGAGCCUUAUGUACAAAAUCAAACGAUGGGAAUGUGCGGAAAUUUUGACGGGAUCCCUAACCCCCUUUUUGUGACAAAGGAUGGCACAGAAACGCCUGAUAUAUUUGCCUUCACUUCCAGUUGGAAAUUUAAUGAAAUCGAAGGAGACUGCGUCGAAGAGGUGGAGCUGAAACAGCCGUGCAAUUCUGAAAACAGGGAAAAGAGAAUGGAAGCAUCUAUUGCAAAUCUGGCUUGUGCAGCCUUCUAUGAUGACCAGUUUAAGAAAUGUGGAGAGGUCCUAGAUGUCGAGGAAUAUUACCUUUUAUGCCAAAUGGACUGCUGCAGUAUGUCAUCUGUUGAAGAUUGCCAGUGUGCUUCUCUCGGAGAAUUUGUUCUAGAAUGCUCUAGAGCCGGGGUGGAUAUGAGUGAAGGAUGGAGACAACCUGGAUUGUGUCCCCUUGUUUGUACAAAUGGUACAGAGUACCGUGAAUGUGGCCCGGCAUGUCCACCAACUUGUGCCGACCAACAGCCAGUGUGUAACUCUCUCAAAUGCGUAGACGGUUGUCAUUGUCCGGAGGGUACAGUGCUGGAAAGGAAUCAAUGUGUUCCUAUAGAUUCGUGUCCUUGUCAUUAUGAAAAGCAGCAUUAUGCUUCAGGUGAAACUAUCCAACAAGAUUGCAAUGCAUGUGUCUGCCAAGGUGGCAACUGGAAGUGUACGGAAUCUAUUUGUCCAGCUACAUGCUCAGUUUCUGGUCCCCAUAUUUUGACGUUCGACGGAUUUGCUUACGAUUUUCAAGGAAAAUGCUCGCAUUAUCUUGUGGAUUCAGAUGAUUUCAACAUUGCUGUGGAUUAUGGCACUGACUGUAGAGAACUACACACGAUAAAUGGUGUCUGUGUAAAGAGUAUUACAAUUCAUACUCCCGAAGAAGCCAUUGUUAAGUUGAAGCCAUCGAUGGAAGUAAUUGUUAAUGGUCGUGAAAUGACAUCUUUGCCAAUUACAGCCCCAGGAAUUUAUAUUGGACAAUCAACUUCAACGUUCAUGAGGGCACAGUUGAAGAAUGGACUAGAGAUCUUGUGGGACCUGGGUCAAACCAUUCAAGUAUUCGCUCCUGUUGAGUUGUUUGCAUCGUUACGAGCUCUCUGUGGCACUUUUACUAAGAGUCAGCAAGACGAGUUCUUGACUCCUGAAGGAGAUGUCGAAACAUCCGCUGGGGCUUUCACUCAGAAAUGGAGGGUCGAAGACAGCUGCCGGGAAGUUGAAGAAUCCUUGGAGACUGAAGGAGAAGAGAAAGCUUGUGAUCUGUAUCCGGAAAGAAGGGAUCUAGCUGCAGAUGUAUGCAAUAUCAUUAAAGGACCUGAAUUCAAAGAUUGUCAUAAUUUAUUAGACUACGGAAGAUACUACGCGGACUGCAUGGAGGAUGUUUGUUCUUGCGAAGAUGAUCCUGUCACUUGCACUUGCUUGUCACUUGCCAACUUUGCUUACGCCUGCGCCAGGAAAGGGCAGCCACUGUCUUGGAGACAAGCCGUUCCUACUUGUGGUAUUGCUUGCCCACCAGGCCAGGUAUAUCAAUCCUGCGCCGAUCCUUGCUCGUACAGUUGUGCAGAAAUAGCCAAUACUCCUUCUAAAUGUCCUGAAUCUUGUGUAGAAGGCUGUGUGUGUCCUCCAGGACAAACCUUAAAUGAACACGGAUUGUGUAUUCCUGUUUCUUCUUGUUCUUGCGUACACAGUGGACACUACUAUCCACCAGAAUUCCUUCAGCGAAGAGGGAAGGAGAUGUGUGAAUGCUCUCAAGGUCACUGGGACUGUCACGCGGCCUCUGCCGCUGACAUUAUUCUCACCCCACCUCCAAAUAUUGCCCCGGAAUGCAAUUCAGCAGCUCAUCAAGUGCCGACAGACUGCGUAUCAGAUUGCCCCCUGACAUGCGCGAAUUAUCACCAUCAUCAGCCUUGCACAGUAGCAGUUUGUUCACCUGGUUGCAAGUGCCAGAAAGGCUAUGUCUUAGAUACCACCUCUGGAAAUUGUGUUCAACCCCACGACUGUCCUUGUCACCAUGGUGGUCGAAGUUAUGAAGAAGGGGAACAAGUCAGAAUGGAUUGCAAUAAAUGUGUUUGUGAAGGAGGAUCUUGGAACUGUGAAUCCAACAUUUGCCCAGGACUCUGCAAUGCAUGGGGGGACGCCCAUUUCGAAACUUUUGAUGGAAAAUUAUACGACUUCGAUGGAACAUGCGAAUAUGUGCUGGUGAAAGCUAGAGUGUCUGACAAAGAGUUUUUUUCUGUGACUUUCCAAAAUGUGCCUUGUGGAAUGGGAUCUAAAGCCACUUGCGGUAAAACGGUAUCUGUAACGCUUGGAGAUUCAAGCCUACUGUUGACCCGAUUACACCCUCUACCAUCCUUACCAGAAAAUUCGAGGCUUAAAGCUACUCAGGUGGGAAUGUUUACUUUAGUCGAAAGCGAUAUUGGAAUAUCAGUCCAGUGGGACCGAAACACCCGAGUAUAUGUCACGGCACAACCUAUCUGGAAAAAUAAGCUGCAAGGCCUCUGUGGAGAUUUCAAUGGAGAUGCAUCUGACGACUUCCGCGCUCCAUCCGGAGGUAUGCCAUUUGUAUUGGCGAAGAAUUUUGCUGACAGCUGGAGGCUUCACAAGUUCUGUCCGAAAGCCAAGCAACCGAACGAUGCCUGCGAUAAGAACCCUGACAGAAGAAACUGGGCGCGUCAUAAGUGUGGUGUCUUAAAAACGGAUCUCUUCAAACCUUGUCAUUAUCAAGUUGAAGUUGAAGAUUAUUACAAAAGGUGCGUGUCGGACGCCUGUGCUUGUAAUUUGGGUGGAGACUGUGAAUGUGUGUGCGCUGUUAUUGGAGCAUAUGCUUUGAAAUGUGCCAGAAGUGGCGUUAUUAUACCUUGGCGAUCUCAAGAACUUUGUCCCGUACAGUGUGAAUCCUGCGACCGUUACUCUCCGUGUAUAUCUUUAUGUCCACCACCUAAUUGCGACACAUACUUGGAUCCACCAGAAAGUCAGUCUUGUUCGAGGGAAUACUGUGUAGACGGUUGCGAACCUAAGCCUUGCAAACCUGGCCAUGUCCGUAGAAGUGCUACCAAUUUCACAUGCGUUCCUGAAGAUGUGUGCGAUGAAAAACCUUGCAUUGUCAUCGAAGGUAUAGCUUACAGAGAGGGUGAGCGAAUCGAGCAACCUGUCAUUGGAGAUGCUUGUCAAUCUUGUUACUGUCGCAGCGGGCAAGUGGAAUGUCUCGGUGUACCUUGUUCAUAUUCAACAAUGGCACCAUUAACAACUUAUGUUGAAGAACAAACAUGUGAAUUCACCGGUUGGACAGAAUGGAUAAAUUCUGCAAAUCCUGAUGAUAACGAUGGAAACGAUUUCGAAAAUCUUGAAGAGCUCGCUGAAUCACACAGAAUCCCCUGUCCCCUAGAUCACGUGAGAAGCAUCGAAUGCCGAUCUGCAGAGACUCAGCAACCGGUGGAAGUGCUAGGACAGAAUGUGAAAUGCAGCAUUCGUGAUGGCUUGAUAUGCAGUCCGAGUGUCAUCACAGGAGAAUGUGAGGAUUAUGAGAUACGAGUUUAUUGCGAUUGUGUUGAAAAAGCAACCUGUCCACCUGAACAAGCCUGGGAAGAAUGUGCCUUUGAUUGUGAAAACUCGUGUCAGUCUCUUAAAACAGACAUGGAGGAGAACGGUAUGUGCAAUGGUGAGAAAUGCGCCCCUGGAUGUGUGAAAACCACCUGUGAAUUGCCGCUUGUAGCCAGGGAUGCCGAAUCUUGUGUAAAGCCAGAAGAAUGCACUUGUAAACUCAGAAGUGGUUUUGUGUUAGCUCCCGGACAAGUUGUAACGAAUGGGUGUGAAAAAUGUCAAUGUCUCAACAAUACCUUGAUUUGCUCAACAAUUCUUGAAUGUAAAAAACCGGCAGAACUUGAAAAAAUAAAGAAACCGCCGAAACCAAGAAUACUACCACAAUUCAUAGAAGAGACUCAGAUGCCAGUAACACUCCCUAGAGUGACUACUUCGAUUCCGGGCGGUUUAGUACUGGAAUUGACAACGCCCGCAUGCUCUUUUUGGUCACGUUGGAUUGAUAAAUCAAAACCGAAAAAAAGUAAGAAGCAUGGAGAAAAAGAGGAUACUCGACCGUAUAUGCUGAAGCAAACAGAAGGCUUCUGUAAGAAAGGUGUAAUUACAGCUAUCGAAUGCAAGGAUGUGGAGACAGGCGUCGACUAUUCAGAAACAAAUGAAGAAAAGCUCGUCUGUAAACUGAGCAGAGGAUUUCAGUGUCAGAAUCGUCAUCAGCCUGAUGGAAUGUGCCGCGAUUAUAAAAUCAGAUACUUCUGUUCAUGCAGUGAGCUCACAACAACACCAGUUCCGCUCAUCAAAAUAUCCACUACCCCAGGGUAUACUUAUCCGUGUUCUGAUUUUGUUCCUUUAAUUGAUGGACCAAAUCCCUUACCCGAUACUAGCCUUAAAGCAUCAAGCAGCAAAUCGCCUCUUAGUGGACCUGAUGCAAUUCGCUUGGAGAGUACAGGUGCCAAGAAAGCGUGGACUCCCGAAGAAACAAACGAAAAACAAUUCAUUGAAGUUGAUCUGAGUGAUGUCAGAACCGUUUAUGGAGUAAUAACCAAAGGGAAAGAAUCCUCCAAAGAAUUUGUUACCUCUUACCAACUGCUCUACAGUAGCGAUGGAUUAUCAUAUUCUUAUUACCAAGAUGAAUCAGAUAACAAUCAGGUUUUCAAUGGUAAUUUCGAUGACAACUCUGAAGUGAAGCAUGUCUUCAAACGCCCAUUUGAAGCUAGGUUUGUUCGACUGGAGCCAUUGUCAUGGGAAACUAAAAUAUCCCUUCGUUUAGAACUAUUAGGGUGCUCAGAAGCUUUAACUCCACCUACACCUUAUGAAGAAGAAGAAGAGGAAAGAGGAGGUAAAAUCCCCUUCUGGCCAAUAACAACUACUACUCCAGCUCCUAAAGAAUGUCUGGAACCAAUUGGUCUUGAAACCGGAGCUCUAUUAGACAGCCAAUUAUCUGCAUCCAGUAGUUUUAGUUCAGCUUUUACGCCAGAAAACGCUAGAUUGGGAUCUGACUCAGUGUGGUCCGCAGCUGAUUUGGAUGAAAACCAGUACUUACAGGUGGACUUUCUAGACGAAGCAAAUGUAACUGGUAUCAUCACGAAAGGAAGAGAAGAUAUCCCACAAUGGGUCACGGCUUACACUCUAUCAUACAGCAACGACGGGGAAACAUGGAACAAAAUUACAAAGGAUGAUGGCUCGACUGAAUUUUCCGCCAAUUAUGAUCAAUUUUCUGAGGUUACAAAUGAAUUACCAGCGACGGUUCGUUUACGAUAUUUACGAAUCAAGCCAACAAAAUGGAAAAAUUGGAUUAGUAUGCAAAUUGAAAUCUUAGGUUGCCAUCGACCUUUGCCUUGCCGCGAGCCACUGGGUGCUGACGAUGGAAUAAUUUCAAAUUACCAGUUAACAGCUUCAUCGAAGUUCUCGGACUUAAAGUCAGCCUCCCAUGGACGACUUUCAUCUUUUAGCUCUUGGACACCAGCGAAGUAUGACAAAGAUCAAUACCUGCAAAUAGACUUACUGGAGCCAGUUCUGGUAGCUGGCAUUAUAACGAAAGGAGAUCCCGAUGUGCAACAGUGGGUGAAAUCAUACUACGUUGGUUACAGCAAUGACAGCAUAAACUGGAGAAAAGUAGAAAAUGCAAAUGGAAGAGCUAAAGAAUUUACUGGCAAUACUGAUCAAGAUUCGCCUGUUAUCAAUAUAUUUCCAAUAUCGAUCAUUAGUAGAUAUGUCCGAGUAUUACCAACAAAAUGGCACCGUAUGUCAAGCCUGCGGGUAUCAUUAUUAGGAUGUAAAAAGGAAGAAGUUUGUCUUGAGCCGAUGGGAUUGGAGAAUAGCGUGCUGUCUGAUGCCCAGAUCACAGCUUCCUCUUCUUUAGACUUUACAACUUCGCCUUCUCAUGCUCGAAUUUCAGACAGAGGUUGGGUGGCAGAUAUUUACGAUGAAAAUCCGUAUCUUCAGGUGGAUUUCCUCGAGCCACGCAAUGUGAGUGCUGUCGUCACGAAGGGAUUGGAAGCGAAUGAUUACAAAGUAACCAAAUACAAAGUAACCUACAGCAAUGAUGCUGAAAAGUGGAAUCCCGUAACCGACGAUGACGGAAAUGUGAUUGAGUUUCCUGGCAAUGAAGAAAGUGAAUCACCAGUUAUUAAUGUAUUUCCUGACUUGGUUGAAGCCCGAUAUAUCCGCAUUUUGCCAUUAGACUAUGAAAAUAAAAUUGGAUUAAGACUUGAAAUACUUGGAUGCUAUCAUCCGUAUGUUUGCCAGGAGCCGCUGGGAAUGAAGAGUGGAGCAAUUUAUGACUUUCAGAUAACAGCUUCGUCCUCUUUAAAUCCAGAACUAAGCCCCCUGAACGCCCGGCUUGACAGUGACACAGCGUGGGUGCCUGACUUGGACGAUGAAGAUCCAUAUAUCCAGGUGGAUCUGAUGGUGCCGACCAAUAUUACAGGGUUAAUGACACGAGGCAGAAAUGACGCAAACGAGUGGGUGAGCAUUUAUGAAAUCGCUUACAGCGAUGAUGGAUUAAAAUGGAAGAACCCUGGGGAUGGUACAGAUUUUGUGGUCGCAUACAAAGCAAAUUAUGAUAAUGAAUCGCCAGUUACAAAUUUAUUUGAAACUGAAAUUUUCGCACGUUUCCUGAGGAUACAGCCAACUCUUUAUGAGAGAAAAAUUGCACUCAGAUUCGAAAUUUUGGGUUGUUUCGAAGAAAAAGUUUGUAUGGAGCCAAUGGGAAUUGAAAACGGAAUGCUACCUGAAGGUCAAAUAAUAGCAUCCUCUUUAAAGAGUGAAAGCACGAAACCCUCACAGGUUGGGCUCAACAGCGAAACAUCCUGGUCCGCAGAGACCAUCGAAGAACCACAAUUCCUUCAGGUUGAUUUUGGGAAGCCUCGUAAUAUUUCUGCUGUCAUUACGAAAGGCAGCGCCGAAAAACCGGAAUGGGUUACAUUAUAUCAAGUGCUUUAUAGUGACGAUGCAGAUGAUUGGAAAGUAAUGAAAGAUGACAAAGGGGAACCUAUCGAUUUUACUGGCAACGUCGACCAAGAUUCGCCAGUGAUUAACGUGCUGCCAGAGACAGUUGAAGCCCAAUAUAUCAAAAUCGUUCCAACUGAUUGGAAAAACUGGAUCAGUCUCAGGGCAGAAAUUUUAGGAUGCUAUCACCCCUACGAGCCAAUUAUGACAAUAACAUUGCCACCUGAUGAAGUCUUCUUGCCACCAGCACCUUUUAGAAAAAUCGUGCCAAUUGUGACAAUAACAUUGCCACCUGAUGAAGUCUUGCCAUCAUUAGGACCAGCACCGUUUGUGCCUUUCGCGGAGUCCUGCCCCGAUUCAGAGGAACUCGAGGACUCUCUGUUGAAGGAUGCUAGAAUUGAAGCGUCCUCGUCCACCCUGGAGGGGAAUCCUUCGCGAAUUCCACUCGACACUCCCGGGGAUUCCAAGCGAAGUGGCGGAUGGGUGCCUCGAGUGGAUGACUUGCAUCCUGUUCUCGUGGUAGAAUUGCCAGAAAUGAAAUUACUCACGGCUAUUGACGUGCAAGGAAGAGAAGAUGAAGAGAAUUGGGUGAAGACUUUACGAGUCAUUGGAAGUCAAGAUAAUAAAACAUGGUUUCCUGUUUUUGGCCCCAACGGACAUGAAAUUAUAGAAGGAAACAGAGAUCAGGCAACUGUUGUCACUCGUUAUUUCAAAACGCCAACGAUGGUGAAGUAUGUUAAAAUUGUACCUGAAACUUGGCAUCGGUGGCCUAGCCUUAGACUGGAUCUGAAAGGCUGUCCUGCACUAGAAGCUACUACUAUUUCACCCACUGAAGAACUACAUUUGUGUCCUGAGUUGGAGGAUUGGCCUAUUCUCGCAGAAAAUUGCCCAGAAAAAUGUCCUCAAGGUAUGCUUUGCAAUGGCGAAAAAUGUGUCGAUCCAGUUGAUUGUCCAUGCGUCCAUGAUGGCAAGAUAUUUAAAGUGAGUGACAGAGUGGAAGAUGAGUCCUGCAGACAAUGUGAUUGUGGCCUUGGGGGUCAUUCUGUAUGCAGGAAGAAAGAGUGUCCUCCUUGCCCAGAGGAUGAACGCAUAGUUGUAGAGGAAGGCUGUAAAUGUACCUGUAAAGCCUGUGAUGAUAACGAAAAAUUGUGCCCCACGAACCAUGAAUGCAUACCGAAACAAAGGUGGUGCGAUGGUAUCAUAGAUUGUCCAGAUGAUGAAAAGAACUGUAUAUAUACAACAACCGAACCCAUAGCAAUACUUCCUACUGUGCCGCCAGAACCAGAAAAUGCCACAUGUGAUGUAAUGGGAAAGCAUAUUAAAACACUCGAUGAUCAAGAUAUUACUUACGAGAUUUGCCACCAUAUAGUCAUGAAAGAUAUUGCCAAUGGAGUCUUCAAUGCUACACUGCACAAGGAUUGCGAUUUCACAGGAGAUUGCAAACACUGGCUGGAGGUAAAGCACAAGAACCACAACAUUAAAGUUUUUUCGGAUCUCAAAGUAGAGUUUAACGGUCACAAUUACACCGCUUCGCAGUUGCCAAAGUUGGGAAGAAAAAAUAAGGCCAAGAAUUUGGUGAUUCAAAAAGUUGGGGAUCAGAUUAUAAUAAAAUCCCUAACUAAAGGUUAUACUAUAAGCUACGAUAACAAGGCUCAUCUAAAGAUUGAAGUCGUGCCCGCUCUCAUGGAGAAACUCGGAGGACUGUGUGGCUUUUAUUCUGGCAAAAUGGAAGACGAUCAGAAGAAGCCAGAUGGAAAAUUGGCAUUCACAAGUCGAGAAUUUGGCGACAGCUGGGCAACUGAUGAAGAUACAAAGGACUGCGCUCCCCUCAUUUGUCCUCAUGAACUGAUGUCGAAAGCAUUGGAUCAAUGCAACAAAUUAAGAGACGAUCCAUUCAAGGAAUGUAGCAAGACGUUACAAGUGGAUCAUUUCAUUGAAUUCUGUAUGGGUUCGACAUGCGAAUGUAUGCUUCACAAAAAUGGCUCUGAAAAAUGUAAGUGUGACAGUUUCCAGACAUUUGCGGAGGCAUGUGAGGAAAAGCACGGGCCAGCUGCUGUACGGAAUUGGAGAUUCAUGCAUGAAUGCCACUCGGAAUGCCCUCCCGGAAUGGAGUGGAACGACUGCGGUCCAUCCUGUCAGCUGACGUGCGAUAGCUCUUCAGAUACCACACUGGAACAGUGCUCUGAUAAAUGUGUGCCGGGAUGCUUCUGUCCCCCUGGAACCGUCCUUAAUGAAAACAAAUGCAUACCACCAGAGCAAUGUGCCGAUCAAGCCUGCACGGGAUUCGGCGACCCUCACUUCAAGACUUUCGAUGGUUUCUUCUUCCCAUUCCUGGCAGAAGGCUCUUACCUCAUCGUAGGCAAUAAAGAAAAUGAUUUUGUCCUGAAUGGUGUCUCAAGGAAAUGCAGCCUCUUUUCACGCAAUACCUGUCUGGUUGGUUUGGAAGUAAUCUAUAAAGGGCACCAAGUCAUCAUGAAAAAGAAUAAAGAUGUCGAAGUCGACGGAGUUAGUAUCCCAAUGGAGAAACUACCAGUUCAUUCUCACGAUAUGAUCAUACUGGGAUACCCAGGAAGGACGUUCGUCGUAUCCAUUCCUCUAAUGAGUUUGGAGGCAAGGUACUACGAAGAGAAUUCUGGGUUUGCUGUAAAAGUGCCAUCACGUCGUUAUUUCAACAAAACAGAGGGACUCUGUGGAAACUGCAAUAAGAAAAGGGAGGACGAAAAAAAUAAGCCCCUCCAUAAAUUUGUCUGUGACAACCAAGUCGAUGGCGAUCCGAAAGAAUGUGAAAAAUCUAUGAAAGAGCUGCCUAAAAUAGAGGAGCCAAUCCCUAUCUGCGAAAAACUCGAAAAUCCAAUUUUCGAAGCGUGUUACCCACUGGUAGACAUCGAAAUAUUCAUCGAUGCCUGCAGUUUUGACGCUAUCCAUAGUGGAGAACCAAAGGCUGCCUUCUGCAAGACUGCCAAGGAAUAUGCUCGGCAAUGCUGUCAAGCGGGGCUUACCAUCGAAGAUUGGCCAGAAGUUCUUGGUUGUGAUAUCACAUGUCCUGGGGACCUCAUUUACUCCCAAUGCCAUGAAGGCUGUCCUCAGACCUGCUCAACCGUUAAAAACAAAACCGCAGAUUCAAAAUGUGACGAACUGAAAAUUGACGGCUGUUUCUGUCCUGAAGGAAAAGUGCUCAGAGAAGGAGCAUGCGUAGACAGCAUUCUCUGUGAUACCUGUGACGAAGAAGGACAUGUGCCCGGAGACGAAUGGAAAGAAGGUAAUUGUGAAACCUGUCACUGUCGCAGCGAUCUCACUAUUGCCUGUGUUGUGGAGCUUUGUCCAUCCAAGCCGAUCUGCUCGACUGGCGAAACAUUGGCGAAAAUUGAUCAAGAUGGCGACAAAUCACCCUGCUGCGAAAUGUACACAUGUGUGCCUAAGAUAAAGGAUUGUCCUACGCCACAUGUUCCACAAUGUCAGAAGGGAGAGGCAGCUAAAAUUCAUACUGGUCCCGACUUAUGCAAUCUAUUCAAAUGUGAAUGUGAUCUAGCUCUAUGCCCACCUGUUGUGUGGCCAGAAUUAGAGGAAGGGCAAACAGCUGAAAUUGUGAAUGGCACAUGCUGUCAGAAGGUUGAGGUAGUUUGUCACAAACUUGCCUGUCCAGAAAAACCCGAGUGCAGCACAGGUCUGGAAUUGGUUGAAAUAGAAGGAGAGUGUUGCACAACAUACAAAUGUAAGCCCAUGGAAGAUGUUUGUUUAUAUACUCAUAGGUAUAGAUUAGAAAAUGAUAUUCAAGUUCCUGUGGAUUCAGAAAAUGCUACGCCAGUAAUAUACAAGCCUGAAGAAGAAUGGAAAGACGGUCUAUGUGACACAUGCAAGUGUGUCAAAUCGGGUGAUCAGCAUGUUACCAUGUGCAAUGUCGAAACAUGCCAGACUGAAGAAGAAAGCUCAGAUUACGUUCUUGAAGAAGUUGACGUUCCAGGGAAAUGCUGUCCGAUCUUUGUGCGACGUCGAUGUAAAGAUUACGAAGGAAUCAUUCAUGAGGUUGGAGAACAAUGGACUGAUCCAAUCAACCCUUGCGUCCAUUUCAUCUGCGAAGAUAACGGUGAAGAAGUCCAGAAAACGAAAAUUGUAAUGAACUGCACCGAAUGUCCAAAGACGGCUGUAUACAUCCCGCCAUCUAAAAGACUUGGACAGUGUUGUGGUAUCUGUGAAGUAACCAGAUGCGAAGACGGUGACGAUCUACACGAAAUUGGAGAGACCUGGACAAAUCCUGAAAAUCCUUGCAGGAAAGCAGAAUGCAUCAAGGAGCAUGGGUCAGUGAUGACAAUAUUCACUGCUCAACCUUGUCCAGUCAUUCCACAAGACUGUCCAAAGGACAAAAUAAUUUGGGAUGAAAAUGGCUGUUGUGAAAUAUGUAAUUUAACAAGUGAGGUCCACUGCAGCUCAGCACCCAUACCGGAAGAAGACACAAUAGGAUUUUUUACAUUUCCAGAUGAAAGUCAUGGUGGAAUGUGCGUAAAUGAAAAACCAGUACCAAAUGUUUUACAGUGCGCUGGUGCAUGCCACUCUAGAUCCUACUAUUCAUUAGAGGAUGGCGAUUUCAAAGACACAUGCAAAUGUUGCAAAGUGAAUAUCACAGUACCCAGAACAAUUGACCUAAUAUGCCCUGAUGGAAACUAUAUCAAAAAGACUUUCAUGCAACCUGAAACUUGCCAAUGCUCCAAAUGUGCUCCAAAAUCUACACCCGAAGUUGAAAGAUUAACAAAGCAAUUUAAAUCAUGGGAACAGUCUCAAGAUAAAUAUGAUCAAUUUGAUAUCGGACAGUUAUCAAGAGGCCAACGCGAAGAGGAGAUUAAUCCUUUCCAGCAACUAGAACAAGACCAACAAGUACAGCAGCAGCCUGAUUUUGAUGACAUUUUUGACAUACAGCAACAGCAAAAUGAUUAUGACAUCUUUGACUCAUUUCAGCAAGUUCAGCAAGAUCGUAAAUGAAAGCUGCAGUCAGAAAUGAGAUUUUAAGAUUUUAGUUUUAAGUUAUUCCAAGAAUAAUUUCUUAUUACAAAUCUUUCAUGUAUUUAAUUCAUUCUGGAAAAAUGAAAGAUGUUAGUGAUAUCAUAUAAAUCUCAGACUGUAAAAUAUUAAAUAUUUGUCCAAAA